AUUUCUCUUCCCAUCAGAAAAUAGAAAACAAAGAAAGAAAAAGCGUACUAAACCUCUACUGCUUCGUUUUGGCCGAUCAAAGUAUCAAACCGUUUUCGAAAGUCCUGAACUUUGAGCACUUCAGUGGGUUCUGAAUCUAUCGCUUCAAUCUUCCUUUGCGAGACAUCCGAUUUGAGAUGGGUAUUCCCCCGGUCAGGCCACCAAGUAUCACAAAGUAUCUAAAGCCGUAUCUUCUGAAAAUGCACUUUACAAACAAAUACGUAAGUGCCCAGGUGAUCCACACACCAACUGCCACUGUAGCCUCUUCUGCAAGCUCCCAGGAAAAGGCCUUGAGAGAAAGCAUGGAGAUACAGCGGGACGUUGCUGCUGCUGCAAAGAUAGGGAAGAUAUUGGGGGAGCGUUUGCUGCUCAAAAACAUUCCCGCUGUAUCUGUCCACUUGAAGAAAGAACAGAAAUAUCACGGUAAGGUUAAAGCUGUCAUUGACAGUGUGGUCGAAGCAGGUGUCAAACUACUCUAAUGAAUCGUUCGAGUUUGCUUACAUUAAGGUAGUCAGUAUCAUGUCUUAAUUCUGGAUGGGUUGCUUACACUGGAUGAUGAACACUAGUGUAACUUUUGAUUCUCGAUGUAAUGUUCUCGUUGGAGAUUUUGAUUUCGAUAACAUUAUUCAUCUGAAUACACCUUAUCAGUUGUGAUCA